AUCAUCACGUAAGAAAAGGCGGCAAAAGUUGGUAGAAGCAGCGAAGUACUUUUGGUACUUGAGCAAACUUACAAUCGCUUAGGAGGUUAAUGAAUGACUUUAAAAGCGAGCUCGAUCAACGAUGUGCAAUAUAAUAGUGGACGCUCGUAAUGAAAAUAAGGUACUUCGUCAUGAACAGAGAUGUAGGUCAGCCCGCCGUCUGCUGUUAGCAGACGACCGACAUGGGAGGCUACGUUGCUACUGCACUGCAGUUUCCGUUGAAAGUAAUGAACCUUAAAAGCAUAGACACUACUUUAUACUAGCUAAUUAGUAAACUUUUCGUUAAGGCUGCACGGAACGCUCGCCUAGAAGCCAAAGAAUGAAGAGUAUUCAGAAGCUGGACUCGCGCACCGCGAGGCUUUUACAUAGCAGCCAGUCAGUCGCUUCAGUUAGCAGCAUUGUGAAAGAAAUCGUGGAAAACUCACUCGAUGCAGGUGCCACGAAUGUCGUCGUCAAACUGGUUGAUUACGGACUCGAUAGAAUUGAGGUGAUUGACAAUGGCCAUGGUGUUGGAGAAGACGACCUGCCACUGGUCGUACUUCCUGGCUACACGUCGAAGAUAAGGAGUUCGGAGGACCUCCUGUCCCUUGCCACCUAUGGCUUUCGUGGCCAGGCACUUGCAGCUGUUGCCGCUGUGUCGAGAGUCACCAUUGCCAGUGGGCCCCAAGACAGCGAACAAGGGCUGGCAUUGUGCUUUGACUCGCAAGGAAACAUUGUGUCACGAAAGGUUUUGCCUUGGAAUGGAGGAACACGAGUGACUAUAGAAGACAUUUUCAAGAACAUUCCAGUGCGAAGGAAACACAUGGACACAAUGAAGGCAAAAUCGGCACAGCUUAAAAAAGUUCAACAUUUUCUUCAUGCCAUGGCCAUUGCCUGUCCUGGUAUUGGCCUCAGUCUCCAUCACAACAAAAGUGUCAUCUGGACAAAAGUGCCAGUGAAAACCAUGCGGGAGGCCAUUGGCCAGGUGUACGGCAUCAGCAUACUGCAGAUGUUGCAUUACAGUGAAGCCCGUGAUGACAACUCUGGCACUGUUAUAAAGAUUUUUGUUCCUGACAUGUCAGCAACGGACAAGGAAAAAUUGCCCAGCAGUUCUGAGCCUGAUAAGAGCAUACUUUUGGUAAAUGGGAGACCCGUUAGCAUCAAAGAGAUGACGCAGUUCCUCCAAAAGGAAUUUUCUUCGGCACUCGGUACUCAAGAUGGGUGUUCAGCAAAACAUCCCAUUUGUGUCGUCUCGCUUGAUGUUCCACCAAAUGAGCUUGACGUGAACUUGGAGCCAGACAAGUCUGCUGUUGUAUUCAGUAACAAGGACGCAGUGUUCGAGCUUUUUGAAGAUUUAGCCAGAAGAGCAUUCAGCAGUGCAUCUGCAAAGAACGUCGGUGCCACUGCCGUUGAAGAAAGUGUUGUGACAGUGCCGCUUGCUUCGGACAAUUCAGCAGCUCAGAAUCAGAAGGACCUAGGAGCCGCAGAUGAUUUGGACGGCCUGUUUGAAGACUUUGAGAUGCCUGAUGAUGUCUGCAAAGACUUAGAAUGCCAGAUAAACCGAGAUCUCCCUUCCACUCCUGAUGGGAACAAGGAGAACAUGGUGUCACUUGCUGAAAAGGCAGCAGUUCCUCCUGAUGAACCCGGUGCUCAGCGCAAAGAUCUCCCAGAAGUACUAUCUGAGAAAACUUUGACACCUUCAAAAAUCAUCCCAACACCACCACGUAUGCCUGAAAGGCAAGCAUCACUUUGGUCUCUCGGUAUCCUUCAGAACACCCAAGGGAAAGCAGUGGCGGAGCCUACGAGAGUGGGAGGAAGCAUUGCAGAGAAGAGGCCCAUGAUCAGUCCUUUGAAAGACAGGACACCUAGCAAGAGAAUGCGGAUGCCAGCGAGGCCCUCAGGAGUUCACAGCUGGCUGAAAGACAUGCUGAGCACCGAGAAGCGCUCGGGCAAGGAAAUAUACUGCGCUCGUCGGAAGAAAGAGAUCUUGUCACAGGUUCCAGAAAUGCCAUUGAUGGAGCUCAGCGAGCUCCUUGAAGAAGGGUGGACUUCACUAACGCCCGACGAAAAGCAGCAGUAUGAAAAACAAACUGGAAAAGCUCGGAUGGACUGCAACAAGCCAUCUAGUAUGCUACAGCAGGCAAAAGAAAGUGGUCCACCAAAGGAGUCUUCGUCAACCUGGAAAAGAGUGGAGCUGCAAUUCUCCAUGCAGACCAUUAAGGAGCACUUCAAGGAUUACUGCCACCUUAGCCAGAAGCCACCCAGUCUGGACACUACCCUCGUCGGACCACUUCAUGGAUGUCCUAGUGAUGCUUGGGUUGUCUGGCACAAGGCAAGGCUUUGCACACUGAACACAGCGCGCCUACGUGAAGCAAUUACAUUCAAGAGACUUGUGGCUUCGUAUCCCAUUUUGGCGGAAGAGGCCGAUCCCCCCAUAACUGUAACACCCACCAUACUAGGUGGUGACCUGUUGUGGAACACACUGCUCAAUAUGAAGAACGAAGCCCGAGAUGCAUCUGGAUUCUUGUAUGUGACGGAUCCACUUCUCACAAGCAAUGGCUUCCACGUCAGAAUUCUGCCAGGUAGUAAAGCAGAAAUCGUGCAGUUGCCCAAAGACCAGGCAUUGUCGGAGCUGGUGGAGAUUCUGAAGACGGCCUUGUCAUGUCCAUCUGCGACCGUGGCUACCUGUCGCCUGCCCAGGACAAUGGCUUUGCUCAGAGAGGAAGCAGCAAGAAUGGUUCGCAAAAUGCCACCAAAAAUGUCCCGCGAUGAAGUUAAAGAACUUCUGGUUGAGCAACAAGACUUGCUGCAAGAGCUGUGUGUGCACAACAGGCCCAUAUGCACACGGUUCUUUGACAUGAGCACAAGCUUUGGCCAUGUACCUGAAGACACCUUGUCACAAGUCACUCUUUAAAAAAAUUAAGUGUUGCUUU